CACCACGCACGCACACGUACCACCACCAUUUUCAUUCGAGGGAGGCGACCGCGAAGCUUCGUGCGACCUUCCUGCCGCGGUACAAGUAGGGACUAGGGAGACGAAGCCCGCAAGCAGCACCGCGCAUGCCGCUCCUUCCACCACCUGCCCACCCCCACCCCCACCCGUAGGCCGUAGCCAGUCGGAUCCCCCAACCACCUCCUGAGAUCUCCUCCGCCGAGUGAAGCCAGUCACUGAAGCAGAGCCCCGCCGCCGUCUCGUGGGGGUGGUACCGGAGUUGGAGAAUUCCGAGAGUCUCUGUCAGUGCGUGGGACGAGGCGAGACGAGACGAGGCGUCGCGGCUUCGGGGGUUGUGGCCUUUUGUGGUUUGUGUCGUGAUUAGUUUGGGUAUCGAAUCCCGGCUCCGCACGCCACCAACCGCCUCGCCCCGCAAGGAAGGAAGGAAGAGAGAUCUCGGCUUGGACGCCACCCCCGCCCCGCCCCGCCCCGUGUGGUGAGUCGUGGGGUAUAAGAAAUUCCGCUCUCCGUGCCACGGAUCGAUCUUCUCCCCAUACCCAAUUCCGCGAAGUUGGGGGGAACGGAAUUGGAUUCGAUUGGGUUGUCGUUAGAUUGCAUUGCGUUUGAUUGCGAUGGGUGAGGAGGCGCCGGCGGAGGCGAUGGCGGCGGGGUUCCCGGCGUGGGCGCGGACGGUGGAGGAGUGCGAGGCGCGGCUGCGGGUGGACAAGGACAAGGGGCUGUCAUCCUCCGAGGCGGCGGCGCGGCUCCGGUCGCACGGCGCCAACGAGCUCCAGGAGCACCCGGGCCCGUCUAUGCUGCAGCUGGUGGCGCAGCAGUUCGAGGACACGCUCGUCCGCAUCCUCCUCGCCGCCGCCGCCGUCUCCUUCGCGCUCGCGCUCUCCUCCUCCGCGGGGGCGCUCACGCUCUCCGCCUUCGUCGAGCCGCUCGUCAUCUUCCUCAUCCUCGUCGUCAACGCCGCCGUCGGGGUCUGGCAGGAGACCAACGCCGAGAAGGCCCUCGAGGCGCUGCGUCAGAUCCAGUCCGACCACGCCGCGGUCCUCCGCGACGGGGAGUGGGUCCCCAGCCUCCCCGCCCGCGACCUCGUACCCGGGGAUGUCGUGCAGCUCCGCGUCGGCGACAAGGUCCCCGCCGACAUGCGCGUGCUACGGCUCGUCACCUCCACGCUCCGCGUCGAGCAGGGAUCGCUCACCGGCGAGACCAACUCCGUCAACAAGACGGCCCACUCGGUGCCCGCCGAGGACGCCGACAUCCAGGCCAAGGAGUGCAUGGUGUUCGCGGGUACCACCGUCGUCAAUGGCAGCGCCGUCUGCCUCGUCGUGCACACCGGGAUGGCCACCGAGAUCGGUAAGAUCCACUUGCAGAUCCACGAGGCGUCGCAGGAGGACGACGACACCCCGCUCAAGAAGAAGCUCAACGAGUUCGGCGAGGCGCUCACCAAGAUCAUCGGGCUCAUAUGUGCCUUGGUGUGGCUCAUCAAUGUGAAGUACUUCCUGACGUUUGAGCUUGAUGGAUGGGUGCCGAGGAACAUACGCUUCUCCUUUGAGAAGUGCACAUACUACUUUGAGAUCGCCGUGGCGCUUGCUGUCGCCGCGAUACCUGAAGGAUUGCCUGCCGUGAUCACCACGUGCCUUGCGCUCGGAACGAGGAAGAUGGCUGCCAAAAAUGCGCUUGUGAGGAAGCUGCCGAGCGUGGAGACUCUGGGCUGUACCACGGUGAUUUGCUCCGACAAGACUGGGACGCUGACCACGAACCAGAUGUCUGUGGCAAAGCUUGUGGCAAUCGGUGAUGUUUCUGGGAAGGUCAGGAGCUUCAAGGUGGACGGCACGACCUAUGACCCCCGGGAUGGGAAAAUUCAGGAUUGGCCUGCAGGAAGGAUGGAUGCAAAUCUUGAGAUGAUUGCAAAGGUUGCCGCUGUGUGCAAUGAUGCCAGUGUGUCACAUUCUUCAAACCAGUAUGUCUCCACCGGAAUGCCGACUGAGGCAGCUUUAAAGGUCCUAGUAGAGAAAAUGGGACUACCUGAAGGAAAGAACGGGUUGUCCGUGGAUCCAUCUGAGACAUUAGGCUGCUGCAGAUGGUGGAGCAAUGCCGCCAAAAGGAUCGCCACACUUGAGUUUGACCGUAUGAGGAAAUCAAUGGGAGUCAUCGUUAUGUCCAAAUCAGGAAGCAACACUUUACUCGUGAAGGGAGCUGUUGAGACAUUGCUGGAGAGGAGUACCCAUGUCCAGCUGCAGGAUGGUUCAGUCGUGCCUUUAGACGAGAAAUCAAGGAAAGCUAUUUUGGAAAGUCUCCAUGAAUUGUCAACGAAAGCUCUGCGCUGCCUCGGUUUUGCAUUCAAGGAGGAUCUUGGAGAAUUUGCAACAUAUGAUGGCGAAUACCAUCCUGCUCACAAGCUUUUGCUGGAUCCAGCCAAUUAUGCGGCAAUUGAGACUGACCUGAUAUUCGCUGGUCUUGCUGGCCUAAGGGAUCCUCCGAGGGAAGAGGUCUUCGAUGCUAUUGAGGACUGCAGAGCUGCGGGCAUCCGUGUUAUGGUGAUAACAGGAGACAACAAAGAAACUGCUGAGGCAAUUUGCCAUGAAAUUGGUGUGUUUUCACCUGAUGAGGAUGUUAGCUUGAAGAGUUUUACGGGCAAGGAAUUCAUGCUACAUGAUGACAAGAAGGCACUUCUGCGAAGGAAAGGAGGCCUUCUGUUCUCUAGGGCAGAGCCUAGGCACAAGCAAGAGAUUGUGAGACUGUUGAAAGAAGAUGGUGAAGUGGUUGCCAUGACUGGAGAUGGAGUAAAUGAUGCCCCUGCUCUAAAACUGGCUGACAUUGGUGUAGCAAUGGGGAUUACCGGCACUGAGGUUGCCAAAGAGGCUUCUGACAUGGUACUGGCUGAUGACAACUUUAGCACCAUAGUUGCUGCAGUUGGUGAAGGAAGAUCUAUUUACAACAACAUGAAGGCUUUCAUAAGAUACAUGAUUUCCUCGAACAUUGGUGAAGUUGCCUCGAUAUUCCUUACCUCUGCUUUGGGUAUUCCUGAGGGUUUGAUACCUGUUCAACUUCUAUGGGUGAAUCUCGUCACAGAUGGGCCCCCUGCAACUGCUUUGGGUUUCAAUCCACCUGACAAGGACAUCAUGAAGAAACCACCAAGAAGAAGCGAUGACUCACUGAUCACUCCCUGGAUUUUGUUCCGUUACCUGGUCAUUGGUCUCUAUGUGGGGAUUGCCACCGUUGGCAUCUUUGUCAUCUGGUACACCCAUGGAUCUUUCAUGGGCAUUGACCUCACUGGAGAUGGCCACACCCUUGUCAGCUACUCACAGCUCUCAAACUGGGGCCAGUGCUCUACAUGGAACAAUUUCACAGUUGCCCCCUUCACAGCCGGAGCUAGAACUUUCACAUUCGACAACCCCUGCGAGUACUUCCAGGCUGGCAAAGUGAAGGCGACGACGCUCUCCCUAUCCGUGCUGGUGGCAAUCGAGAUGUUCAACUCGCUCAACGCCCUCUCUGAAGACACCAGCCUGCUCAGGAUGCCCCCCUGGGUCAACCCGUGGCUGCUCCUGGCAAUGUCAGUGUCGUUCGGGCUGCACUUCCUGAUCCUCUAUGUGCCGUUCCUUGCGCAGGUGUUUGGCAUCGUGCCACUCAGCCUGAACGAGUGGCUGCUGGUGCUGCUGGUCGCGCUCCCGGUGGUGCUCAUCGACGAGGUCCUCAAGUUCGUGGGCCGGUGCACGACGUCUUCAGGCCCCAAGAGGAGAUCGAAGAAGCAGAAGGGCGAGUGAAGGAGGCUAACAGUGUGGUUCAGAUAACACCACAGCAACUAAUCUCAUUUUAUUUGGAGUGUCCAGAUCAUGUAACAGUGGUCGCCAAAGGGGUGUUUAUUCAGCGGAUAUAUAAAUAUAUAUGUCCAAUACUAGAAACUGAAGUAGAUAAAAGGUUCUCAAAACUAGUUCUCUCGUUUGACGUUUCCGGCAGAGAUGGAACUUAGCAACUUUGUUCUUAUCUUUUUUUUUUUACUGGUCAGGUUGCAACCUUAAUUUGAUCAUGUGAAUUAUAAUAUAUAUAGGUAGCGCUCGGAGUUUAGAUUUUUAUGUUUCACUUGUUUUUGCUGCGAAACUAUUUUGCCAAACAUGAGUGCAAAUAAUUAUACAUGACAGGGUAACCAGCUAUUUCUGCUUA